AUCUCCCGCCGGAUUUGUUGCAACACAACAGGAAGUGGUUUGGCUCCGCUCCCUCCCGCGAUCAGCCGACACUCCGCUGCCCACACAGUCAUUUCUGUAGAAGGAUUUUCAGUUACUGGCUGCACCUGCACCGACUGGCCGCGUCUGUGAAUCUCACUCCACCCUCAGCACUUCACUGACUAACAAUCAGGGUUCAGUCGAUGCGAGGAGUUGUCGCAAUGGAGAGCUGGACCGGACCGGUAUCGCUCCUUGUCACCGCGUUAUCUCUCUGCUCUGUCGCGGGAGACCAGGCAGACUCACACAGCUUGAUGUAUUACUACUUCCAAUCCAUCAACAUUCCUGAAAUGCCAGCUUUCUUCAGGAUUGGGAUGCUCGAUGACUUGCAGAUAGACUACUACGACAGCACACUCCGUGAAGUAGAAGUCAAGCACCAGUUGAUCGCAGAUGGCUUAUCGACCAACUACCGGAAAGAACAGAAAGAAAUAACCGACCAGUUUUAUAAUUUCAUCUUGACAAAUCUGAAGCAAUUUGCCUUAUUCGUUAGCUUCAGCUACAUACAAGCACUCUGGGGCUGCGCACAAUCUGGAGAUACGGUCAACGCGAUUCUAAAAGCCAACUUCCAGGAUUUCGGAGUGGUCAGCUGUGAUAUCAACACAGGGAAAUGCACUGGCACUGGUUUCCUAGCAAUGUUCAAUGAUCAAUUGAGCCAAUUCAGAUUCACUGACGUGACUGCAUUGAAGAGUAACUGCACUUGGUAUUUGCAAAGGGCUGUUCAGCUUGGAAGAGAAGCAUUGGAAAGGCAAGUUGCUCCAGAGACUCAGGUGUUGACAAGGAGGCCGACAGCUACUGAAGGCAAGAGUCUGUCGUGCAUCAUCACUCCCUUCUACCCCUGUGCUAUCAAUGCCACUUGGCUGAAGAAUGGGCAGGUUGUCUCUGAGGGCUACAACGUGACUGUGCUACCAAACUACAAUGAUACAUACUGGAUGGAACUAGUCAUUGAGCUGCAGGGCAACGACCCGAACAUCUAUACUUGUCAUGUCGAGCACAGCAGCCUGCCAAAGGCCCUGAUGGUGAAGGGAGGAGUUGGUGAGCCCCAUGGUGCAGGUCCUAUGUUGGGGCUGAUGACUGUGUUUGCGAUAAUCUUUGGAAUGAUGUAGAGGUGCAGCAAGGAGAGAACCAAGACAUCACUGGAGAUCAGCAUUUGGCUCUAACUCAAGCACAGUUCUGAACACAGGGUGCAGCUUCAAACAGGCUUUUUUGAUGAGUGACCGCACACCUCAGCAAGCUUAGAAUCAGAAUCAGAUUUAAUAUCACUGGCAUUGAUUGUGAGAUUUGUUAACUUUACAGCAGCAGUACAAUGAAAUUUACAAUAAAUAAAAAACUGAGUUAUAUAAAGUAUAUUUAUGGCUGUUAAGUUAAAAUAAGUAGUGCAAAAUAACAGAAAUAAAAGAAGUAGGAAGUAGUGUUCAUGGGUUCAAUGUCCAUUGAUAAAUCGGCUGGCAGAGGGGAAGAAGCUGUGCCUUCAGGCUUCUGCGCCUCCUUCCUGAUGGCUCCAGUGGGAAGAGGGCAUGUCCUGGGUGGUGGUGGAUGUAGCCUUCCUAAGGCAUCGCUCCUUGAAGAUAUUUUGGAUACUAUGGAGGCUGGUACCCCGAUAGAUCUGACUAAUUUUACAAGUUUCUGCAAUUUGUUUCAAACUUGUCCAGUAGUCCCUCAUAAGAGAUGCUGAUGCAGCCAGUCAAAAUGUUCUCCAUCGUACAUUUGUAGAAGUUUUUGAGUGUUUUAGUUGACCUACAAAAUCAACACAACCUCCCAAUAAAAUACAGCCGCUGUCUUGGCUUCUUUAUAACUGCAUCCUCAGAGAUGUUGACACCUAGGAACUUGAAAUUGCUCAUUUUCUCCACUUCUGAUCCCUCUAUGAAGAUAGGUUUAGCGUUACAUCCACUGUGGGAACUUGCCUGCUGAAUCUUCUGCUGCUUUGAACAGCUCCCGUUUAGCUAUGUCUUAAAUUUUUUCUUACAUCUGAGAAAGAUUUCAAGUUUCAGUCUUGCAGUGCACUGAUGUUUGACACUCAUUUGUAAGGUCCCUCUCCAGUCCUAAUUCCACCACAAACGCCAUAUGUCAAAUCAUUGCUCUGAAGUAUGAAUGCCUGUUUUGAACACUGGACAGCCAAGAGUAAUUCUUUUCUUCAUUGGAGAUUGGCAGGGUCCAACAUUUAGUUUAUAAUAUGAGCAGAAACUCUGGAAUGCUGUGGCAAUUUGGUGAAUGAGAGAG